GUUAUAGAGACGGACAUCCGAAUUAUAAUACUAACCACUUUUCUGGGUGUAUUGAACUUGUUCGCAUGCAUUCAUCGUUGAUGAGAAUUUUAGGAUCAGCUCCCACAAAUUUCUGAAAUACGAUCUAGUUUACUGGUUGUCAAAGCACAUUAGGAACGUAGCACAAAAGGCUACCCGUUCUAAAUUUAGCAUAUCUUGAUCUUACCUGUCAUCAGCACAACAACUUGCACAUACAUUUACAUCUCGUUCUCAUACCAUACAAGAAAUCACAUCUUAUCCCAAACCCUCCACAAUAUCCAUUGAUCUCCCAAGCCACAAACUCCGCUAUUGAGAAGCAACAAUGGCUACACACCACGACCCCACACUUGAUCUUCCUCGGCUACUCUGUCUCCACGGCGGGGGAACAAACGCUCGAAUCUUCACCAUGCAAUGCCGCGUCCUUACUUUGCAUUUGAAACCUUAUUUCCGUCUCAUAUUUGCCGAAGCCCCUUUUGAAUCUGGUGCCGGGCCCGAUGUUACAAGUGUCUAUGGACAUUGUGGACCCUUUAAACGCUGGCUGGGCUGGUUACCAGAACAUGAAGUGAUAGAUACACGUGAUGAGGUGAUUGCCAUCGAAGAGAGUAUUGAGAAAGCGAUGAGAGAGGAUGAUGCCAAAGGAGCUACCGGGGAAUGGGUAGGACUGUUGGGAUUUAGCCAGGGUGCGAAGAUAGCCGGGAGUUUGUUGUUGAGGAGGCAGAUUAGAGAAGAAGGGGGAAGGGACUUGGAGGGUCACAAUUGGAAAUUUGCGGUUUUGAUGGCGGGCAGACCGCCAUUGUUAAGUAUGGAGAGAGAUCAAGAUAGAUGGGGACCGGUGGAUGAGAAUGACGUUUUGACUUUGCCAACUAUUCAUGUUCAUGGCUCCAAAGACCCGGGAUUGGAUUUACAUCGAGAAUUGCUCAAAAUUUGGUGCGACAAAGAAAGCGCGCAAGUUAUUGAAUGGGAUGGCAAUCAUAGAAUUCCAAUCAAAACCGGAGAUGUCGAAGCUGUGGUGAAUCCACUGCUCGCAUUAGCAGAACAGCUGGGUGUUCUGACAGUUGAUUUGCCUGUUUGAUUUAACCAAGAAUCUAUUCCUUGGACUUGGUUUACAGUCGAGUAGCGAUGGAGCAAACAUAGAAAGCGUUUACCUUUGACUUUUUAUCUUGAAAAAUCUAUGCUCGUUUUUGGGCGCA